AUGUUUGACGGUUUGGGUAACACAGAGAAAGUCGACACGUCGAAAACAAAGCUAUUGAAGACUAGCAUGCGUCUCCAGUUCAAACGAAUUUUCAAAAACAGCACAUUACAUGGCGUUAGAUACAUAGCACAGAGCGAUCGGCCACUUCACGAACGGUUCAUGUGGUUUAGUUUCUUAUCUGUGGGAAUCGUUGUGACUUCUAUCAUAAUAAUAUCGCUCUGGGAGAAGUUUCAAACAAGUCCGACCAUCACCGGUUUAGAUACGGACUUCCACAGCUGGGACGUACAAUUUCCAGCUAUAACAGUAUGUCCUAAAAGACCAACUUCCGAUGAAAAAGUGUGGGAUUACGUAACUAGUGUGUACGACAAUAACACGGAAAAUGAUCGCGUCGAGAUAUUUUUAAAAUUUGUUAACGAAGUAGCGUCGUUCUCGUACGAUAACGUCCAAACGUUUGAACAAUUUUCUGAAUACGAUUGGCUACCAAAGGAUAAGUUAAAAGAUUUAGCAUAUCAAGUAGUAUAUCAUUGCGAGGACUUACUAUACGACUGUACGUUCAAAGGCGAACCAUACAACUGUUGUUUGGGUGUUGAGCCGGUGUUCACCGAAUACGGAUUUUGUUACAGUUUCAAUGCCAAACACGUGGUACCGGAUUGGCCAUGGAUGGCCGAAAAUUAUUCAAAGGCCAACACAGAAUACGUCUUCGAAACGGACAACAAGCUGACAAUCACGUUUACAUGGACACGUAACUAA